AUGGCCCCUCUUAAGCCGUACUGGAAACAGCCCUCCCACCCCGACGUCCAAGAUGUCGUCGUCAGCGGAGCCGACUUCAUGACCAAGAGCCUUUCAAAAGUGACUGUGCCACCAUUUGGCCUGUUCGCCAAGUUUGAGUUUCCCCCUUGCGAUGUGGCCGAGAAGGCCACCUACGCUACGGUGCAGAUGGGGAGAGAUAGGCACCUGAAUCUCAACAGCGACUUGCUCUACAUUAACCACUCUUGCGAGCCGUCUCUUCACUUUGAUAUGGGGAGCAUGAGGAUUGUGGCUGGCCCCAAAGGCCUCCGUCCUGGAGAUGAACUUACAUUUUUUUACCCCUCAACUGAAUGGGACAUGGCUCAGCCAUUCGACUGCUUUUGUGGCAAGCCCACUUGCAAAAAGGUCAUAUCUGGCGCCAAGGACAUGCCCUCUGAGAGUCUCGAAGGCCUCUGGCUCAACGAUCACAUCCACGAGCUCCUGGAAGAGCAAGCUUCUUCUCAACAAUACCAACUUGGCUCAAUCUAUGAACAUGGUGGCGUGCGUUCCACCCAGCUCCCAGAGGCUGUCUUGAAUGGUCGGGUAGAGAAGCUGAACGGCACGGAUGCCAACGUCGAUACUCAAGGCCUUGGAUUAUUGCGCCGCGGAGUGACUUCACGGGAGAUGAGCGGCGAGAUGGGCGGCGAUACUACCGUCAAAGUUUGA